AUGUAUGAGUGGGGAUGUGGUAAGACAUAUAAGGCAUGGGCAGAUAGUGGAAUGGCUAUAAGAUCCGCCCAGCUACUCAGUGCCCUUCCAAAGCAACGCGACAUCACGGAACUGCAGAGUGAAAUUCUGAACCGCACAUUUUGGGCUUGCUUUGUCAUGGACAGGCUCGUCUUCUGUGGGAAACCUCAGCCACUGGCUCUUCCCCUUCAUUCAGUGGAUGUACACUGGCCUAUUGGACAGCGAGACUUUGCAUUCGGCCAAACGACAUCUCGUAUCUACCCAAACGUUGAGCAAGGCAAAAUUAUUGAUCAUGCCAAGUAUCAUGACUUGGACAGAGUGUAUACCCUGAUUGUUCAAGGGUAUGAUGUUUGGUCCAAGAUCCUGCAUUGGAUAGCCGGUGGUGGCCGUCGACGACCGUCUACUCGCCAGCAAAUAGUAUGCCCGUGGGAGCUUGGCUCCAUCUGGCUUUCUCUAUACGAUGAAUUGCAGGAGUGGCGGGGCAGGCAUGAAAGUAGUAUCCGAUUUCCAGAUACAGCGUUAGAAGUUCAUGCAAGUCUUGGACAGGCACAUUCUUUCGCGUAUCUCAAUCUGAUAUAUCAUCUCUGCCGAUUGUUUCUGGGACGUGAAUACAUCCCUUUUCUUCCGACGCCCACGUCCCAACCUUCAGGGCCGGUAGAUCCGCCCCUUUUGGCGCAGGAGGCACCUUCGGGAUGGUGGGAAGAAAGAUCAUAUGAGCUGUUCGCAUCUUCCGCACACAUAACCGAUAUCCUUCGCCGGUUAGAUGCUGCAGCGACGCCCUUUUUCACACCCUUCUCAGGCUUUUGUGCCUUCUCAGCCGCAACUAUGAAUGCAUACGUCUUGUACUUCCCCCGAAUGAACCUGGGUCGAAGUACGACAGCUGCGGCAGACUUCAACGCCGACAGAGCGUAUCUUGACCGAUUUCGUACACAGUGGGCAAUAGGAGCUCGUUGGUGGACGGCCAUAGAGACCAUCCAGCGUCUAUUCGAACGGGCCGGUCGUGACCAGGCCAAAUUUAUUGGCAAAACUCGCACAGACUUUUUAGCAUUAGAGGCGAUCAUAAACCACAGUGCAUCCAGCUUCCCCUCAGAGGUGGAAACUGAUACUCAUAUGGAGCCUCAAGAUCACCCGAGAGAUUUACCAGCGACCCCUAGGUCUAAUACUGUCAACGAAGGGCAUGCGACUCUUGCCGGGAGCCAUUCUAUUUCUGAAGUGAUGAGCGUUCGAAACUCGACACAGUUUCAGCAGCAGAUACAGCCGCAGCUUGACACAAUGUUAUACUAUGAUGGUAAUGGCAACGAGUGGAAUGCCAUCUGGCCUUUAUGGGAGGAUCAAAUAGGCGUCUCUUUUGCACCAGAACAUGCUCCGUGGGAUUACGCUGCGGAUUCAGCGUCAAUGUUGUGA